UAUAAACUCUUUGUUUUAAUCUGAUUGUGAACAGGGUUGAGUUAGGUUUUGAUUUUGUCAAAAACCAACGUUGAUUGGCGUUUUUCAACUCUCAAUUCAACGUUCGGUCACAAUCAAAAUCAAAACAACAACUUGAUCAGUUCCUGUAGAAUUAAUUCAUUAUAAUGGCCCCAACAGGUUGCAGCUGCUUCCCAGUGACACUUGAGCGAUCCAAAAAGGGUAGCUUCAAGUUUGUUAGGAGUUCCUCCUCCGUUGCUGGUUCAUCUAAAUCAUUUUCUUUUAAGAAAAGGAGCACCCAAGAGAAAAAAGCACUGAUUGUUUGCUUUGGGGAGAUGUUGAUCGAUUUCGUCCCAAUUACUGCUGGAGUUUCUCUUGCAGAUGCAGAAGGUUUCAAAAAAGCUGCUGGUGGAGCUCCUGCUAAUGUUGCAGUUGGAAUAUCAAGAUUAGGAGGCUCAGCAGCUUUUAUGGGCAAGGUUGGUAAAGAUGAAUUUGGAUACAUGUUGGCUGAUAUUCUGAAAGAAAACAACGUGGACAAUUCCGGCAUGCGUUUUGACCCAAAUGCAAGGACUGCAUUGGCAUUUGUUACGCUCAGAAGUGACGGGGAACGUGAAUUCAUGUUCUACCGCAACCCAAGUGCUGAUAAGCUUCUUCAUGAGAAAGAACUUGAUGUGAAUCUAAUAAAAAAGGCUGGCAUUUUUCACUAUGGAUCGAUUAGUUUGAUCGAGGAACCAUGCAGAUCAGCUCAUCUUGCUGCAAUGGACAUUGCCAAAAAGGCUGGUUGUAUCCUCUCUUACGAUCCAAACUUGAGAUUGCCACUGUGGCCAUCUGCAGAGGCUGCUCAGCAAGGCAUUAUGAGCAUAUGGAACCAAGCUGACAUUAUUAAGAUAAGUGAGGAAGAAAUUGAGUUCUUGACUGGAGGUGAUGAUCCUUAUGAUGAUGAUGUGGUCAUGAAAAAACUUUAUCACCCCAAUCUGAAGCUUCUGGUAGUAACUGAAGGAGCAGCAGGCUGCAGAUACUAUACAAAGGAAUUUAAGGGUAGGGUUGAAGGCAUCAAAGCUGAUGCUGUUGACACUACUGGUGCCGGUGAUUCGUUUGUCGGUGCCAUACUCAACAGCUGGGGUUCAGACCUAAAUCUGUACAAGGAUGAAAAAAGGUUGAGAGAAGCUCUCUUGUUUGCCAAUGCAUGUGGUGCUCUCACGGUGCAAAAGAAAGGAGCUGUACCUGCACUGCCCACAAAAGAAGCUGUCGACCAAUUUCUUCACCAAACCACUGAUUGAGAGGAUCAUAUAUUCUUACACAAAAACAGGAGGGGGGGGGGGGGGGGGUUGAGAAAUGAAAAAAGCAGAAAAAAAAAGAAAAAAGAUUUAUUCUUUUAAAAUAAAUUGCUUUCCAUGCUAAAGAAACCAGGCUUGAGGGAUGAUUGUGCUUGGAGGUGGACCCUAAUGCUAAGCUUCUGGUGGUGCUGCACAUAAUGUUGAAGCUAUCAUUCAUGAUAUCACAAAGUUGGGGUGUCAUUUUUUAUGAACAAAUGAACAUUAUAGCAGUUCCAACAACAGGGGUUGGGGGUGGUUUAGGCCCAAAAA